AUGAAGUUGGAUGAGAAAAAGCAAACAGAACAGAUUGUCCUUGUGUCCUCAGCCUCAUCAUACUGUCCACCCUGUGAAAGGUCUCCCAGUGACUCACUAACAGACAUCCAGCUCUGCAAGAUGCUGUGUGGCCUGAAAAACAAAAUAGAGAGUUUUGAGGUUCUUGGUCCAGCUGAUCCUGUAGUUGCUGUACCUGGUGAAGAUGUUGUUCUGCCCUGUUACCUCAAACCCAACAUCAGUGCUAUGGAUCUGAGCGUCGAGUGGUUCAGAGUUCAGACCAAAAACCCUCUUGUACAUCUUUACCAAGAUCAUGAGGACAGAAAUGAGAAUCAGAUCCCAUCCUACAGGGGAAGGACAUCACUGUUCCCUGAGGAACUGAAUAAUGGAAACACUUCAUUGAAAGUGAAAAAUGUUAGACUUUCUGACAGUGGAGAGUAUAAAUGCUUCGUCCAGUCUGCAGAAUGGUAUGAUGAUUAUUCCAUUAAUGUUCAAAUUAAAGCUAUUGGAACCCAUCCAGUGAUCUCCAAUGAGGGAUAUAAAGAAGGAGGGAUCAGUCUGGUGUGUGAAUCUAAAGGCUGGUACCCUCAGCCUCAAGUGGUCUGGAUGGACAGUGAAGGACACAAUCUCCCUGCUGAACACACAGAGACACACAGAGACAGUAUGGACCUCUUCAUUGUGAGACGACGUGUUAUUGUACAGGAGACAGAGACCAACAGGUUCACCUGUCAAGUUCUACAAAGGGACUUAAAGGAAAUGAAAGAGACAAUGACUGAAAUCCCUGGUGAGAUGUUCCAUCAUGCCCAUCCCUGGAAGGUGACCUUUGCUGUCAUCUUCAGUCUGUCUGCUGUUGGUAUUAUUGGAGGCACAAUUUUGAUUCACCGUUUUGUAAAACUGCGGAAAAAGAGAGGUGUACUCAUGGAACAGCAUGUUGAUGUGACUCUGGACCCUGAUACAGCACAUCCUGAACUCGUUCUGUCUGAGGACAGGAAACGAGUGAGACGUGGAGUCAUAUGGCAGCGUCUCCCUGACAACCCAGAGAGGUUUAAAUGGUGGCCGUGUGUCCUGGGAAAAGAGGGUUUUUCUUCAGGGAGACGUUACUGGGAGGUGGAAGUUGGGGACAAGACUGACUGGACUUUAGGAGUUGUCAGAGAGUCUAUCAACAGGAAGGGGUGUUUUCCACUGAAUCCUAGUGGUGGUCUCUGGGCUCUCAGUCUGUGGAAUGGUAAUGAGUACUUGGCUUUCACUGACCCCCCUGUGUCCCUCCACCUGAGUGUGAAGCCCCAGAAGGUGGGGGUGUAUGUGGACUAUGAGGAGGGUCAGGUGUCCUUUUACAGUGUGGAGGACAAGUCUCAUAUCUACACUUUCACUGGAUAUAAAUUCAGUGAGAAACUCUUUCCAUUCCUCAGCUCAGGCUUCUCGUACCACAGUGAGAACUCAGCCCCACUGAUCAUAUCUCCUGUCAUUUACACAGACUGGAGGAACUGAUUUUAGUUUUUAAUGUCCAGGUCAUGAUACCAUAUUC